UUGAUUUUUUUACGUAAGAAGUUUAUUGUGGCUUUUUGACGGGUGAGUGGUUCUCACUUAACUUUGUUACAUUUCUUUAAUUAUUGGAGCAGCAUUCAUUGCGAUUCCUGCGAACACUUUUGGACGAAAAGACAAAAUGCCAAACUGGGGAGGUGGUAACAAAUGUGGAGCAUGUUUAAGGACAGUUUACCAUGCUGAAGAAGUGCAAUGUGAUGGUCAGAGUUAUCACAAGUGUUGUUUUCUUUGCAUGGUAUGCAGAAAAAAUUUGGACAGUACAACGGUGGCAAUUCAUGAUACUGAAAUUUACUGCAAGUCAUGUUAUGGAAAGAAGUAUGGCCCUAAAGGUUAUGGUUAUGGUCAAGGAGCAGGUGUUCUGAACAUGGAUAAAGGAGAGCGGCUGGGCAUCAAACCUGAAGAAGCUCAGGGCCAUCGGCCUACUACAAAUACCAAUACUUCAAAGUUUGCUCAAAAAUUUGGUGGUGCAGACAAGUGUUCCAGAUGUGGAGAUUCUGUCUAUGCUGCUGAGAAAGUUAUGGGAGCUGGCAAGCCAUGGCACAAAACUUGCUUUAGAUGUGCAAAAUGUGGGAAAAGCUUAGAAUCUACAACUCUUACUGAAAAAGAUGGCGAGAUCUACUGUAAAGCAUGCUAUGCAAAGAACUUUGGACCCAAAGGAUUUGGAUAUGGACAGGGUGCUGGUGCCCUUGUUCACGCUCAGUGAAUGACCAGAGUGACCAUCAUGCAACAAGGCCUCAAAAUUCUCUACCAAUUCUAAAAAACAUUUUCAGCAGUUACAUAAUAUCACUGUGAAAACUGUACUUGUGUUUUAUUCGCAUUUAGUGUUUAAUAUAGUUCUAAAAAACAUUGACUUUUAGAAAAUGAAAACAGGUAUUCAUGUUACAGAGUUGCAGUUUUUCCCAGUCUACACCAUUAGAGACUUUUAGAUUGUAUUUGGGGGUUGGGGUUCUUUCCCUUUUUGUCUCAGCAGUUUGCCUCCCCAUUUCUCUUUGCUUGUCAAGAAUAGAGCGCCUUAUCUUUUAAAAAUUGUCUCCAUUCUGUCUUUAAAGAAACUUCCCUGGACUUUAUUUACUGUUAAUAGGUGAGCUGUCAAUACUCUUCAGCAUCCUCUAUUUAGGCUGUAUGUAUUUGGUACUAGAGUUUCAUUUCUGGGGGCUCCUGUCAUAGGUUCAUUUUCGGGUGAUGUCCUUAGCGCCUUUUUACCAUAAUCUACAGAACUGUGUAUUUAUUAACUGUUCAGCUAUUCUUGAAUGAUUAAGCCUAUUUAAUUCAGCAGGUGAUAACUCAUUUUUUUUCUAACUUAAUCUAAGGUUUUCUAUCUUUAAGAGUCAGUUGUACUAGUUUAGGAGAGUAAGGGUAAAACUUCUUAACAUAGGGCUGUAUGGAGAGCUUUACCUCAUGUAAUAAGAGUGAUGAAUACCAUUCAGUGAAAUAGAUUUGUUCAUGAACGAUAUACUGUUUGCUGGCAAGCCGCACUGCAUUCUUUUUGUUAAAAAUUACUGGUUGCCCAGCCUACUGCUUGUCUGCUUAGUUUCCUGGCUGCUUUAAGUCCACUAUGAUUUAUGUCUUGUUUAAGUUAUUAAAAAAUGCCUUUAUUGUUGCCUUUAUAUACCCCUUCCGCUCGUGUACUUUGUAGCAUCAAUUUGAGAAGUUUUUUCUGCAGUUUCAGUUGCACUUGAGGAAUAAUUCAAAACACUGGACUCUGAAGAUUUUCAUUUGUCUUCGUUCAUUUGGAUGAACUCCCGUUUAGUAUCUACCGCCUGCUUUUUGUACUGCAGCUUUGUACCUUAGCUUCCAUUUCCAUGCUGAAUGCCAGAACUAUAGGAUGGGUGUGGCAAGAUGGACUGUAGCCCUGCAUGACAAUUUGUACAGGGCGCUUGCGCUGUCAUUGUGUCAUAUGCAUUUAUUGUUUUAGGAGCACAAAAUGUAUGUAUGACCCAAGGUGUCAGGUUCUCUUACAAUAGUUCUGAUGCGUGCCAUAUGUGUUACACUACUUUGACUUAUUUCACCUUCCAAGGAAAUAUCAGCAGGAGCACACAAUCUGUUUUACUUGCCCAUUCAGAUCAAUAGCUUCUUGUUUUUUUGUUCUUAUUAAAAGUACAACCAUCAGCUGUAUUCUGGAUCUGUAAUUGUGUGUACUUUUGUGCAUGAUCUCUUUCCUUUGGUGUGGGUUUGUGUCUAGAUAAGUGUACCUGUCCAAGUCUGGAGCUAUUCAAGUUCUUUUUAAUCAGAUUCCUUCAACAUUCGCACCAGAAGAGAUAGAUGCCUACUAAGUUUCCAGUCUUCUGUGAAGAGAAUUUAUUUAGUCUGAUCCUCUGAUUUACUGGAACUACAUCUGUUUCUUAUAAACUCUUGAAAUUAGCAAAAGAUGCAAGCCAGUACUUCCCUGUUUUUUUCCACAUAGUCAAAGCUGGAUUUUGUCUAGUCCCCUUCCUUCAUUCUCCUACUAGUAAAGACCCAGGACUCUUAUCUUAAUAAUGUGUAUUCUUGUAAAGUAUAUAUUGUACUUUGCAAUUGUUUACUGUGUUCUCCUAAACGUGUGACUGUACUGCCCCCCCAAACUCAUUUGUUUUGUAUAAUCUUUUAAUUCAGCUUAAACUUUCUUGUGCUUUUUUGUGCUUUUGUCAUUUGCUUUGCUUCUCUUUCUGUUUCUCACUGUCUCUGUGUGUCUUUGUUUACAUACAUAAUUCCUUAUCCUCCUUUUUUUACAUCAUUACAGCUUUCAGUUUAUUUUUUAAGCCAUACCUCUGAUUCUGCAUCAGUCUCUGUCACCAUUCAUUUUCCUGAUGUGGAUGUUUGUAGUCCUGUAGUGUUUUUGUUAAGUUUGCCAUAUGAUCGUGCAUACGUGAAGUGAAUGACCACCUGCUUAGUCAAUCUUCAAGAUCAUCUAAGUUUAGAAAAUCUGCCUCAGUGGCCAACCUUUAUACACAUUAGCAAAACCAUCACUUAUAGUGGUAGCAAAUUGGGUUUAUAAGAUUUGUAAGAAACAGGUUUGCUGAAGAAGAACCAUGUAGAUGAAGUGAACUUUACAUGCUACCUUCCACACCAAGUGAAGUAACUUGCAAGACAAACUGCAUGAUUGUCAUUUCAUCCUGGGCAACACCCGGUGUCUGACAUGCUCAUGCCACAGUGUCACUGCACAGUUUGUGUUUGCUUGUACUGUUUUUUUAAGCCACUUUCCUGGUAUGAGCAACUCUGAAAUAGUUUUAUAAAAAGAUCUGGAAGCCCAGCUGUGGGCAAUAGUGGAGUAUCAUCUUGGUCAGAAUAGCUCUAAAUCAACAAUGAACCCUAUUGAGAUGUAAAAUCAUCCCAUUUUUGCAGACAGUCUGUAGUUGUGUCUGUACUGAACUACGCUGUGUAGUGAUUCUUAGAUUGGUAUUGCCAGAGAAAUUAUUUCCAUUGUGUACUAUUUCAGGAUGGCCCACUCAUCACUGGGCUUAUUGUCUGCCUAUGAUCAUCUUUUAAAGGAGCUCUGUAGUGUUAUUGCUUCUACUUGAGGUGCAUUUGACGAGAUAUAUUUGGAAUGCAUUCAUAACUUUUUACUUUUUUUGUUUUCUUUUUAGUGACUUCCACAUUUCUGUAAUUCAUCAUUGUGAUCCUGGUUUUAGGAAGACUUCAGUGCAAUAUUUUGUCACUUAUUUUAAUUACAUCAGCUCCUGCAUUAAUUUCAUGUUAUUUUUAUUUGUUUACAUACAGCAACAGGAACCUUCUCUUUUGUUUUAAACCAGAGUGUGCCACGGCCUACUAGAUGAUUCCCCCCCGCACUGCCUUCACCAUUGCAAAGCAUAUUAAUUCCUGGUGUGUGAUUUCAUGCGUAAUUUCAUUGCUUUUGAAAUAAAAUUUUCACAUUUGA